AUGCUGCCCGCGCUGCUCUGCCUCUGCGCGGCCGCCGCCGCCGGCUCCCCCGCCCGCUACCGCCUGGCCGGGCUGUUCCCGCUGCACGUCCCGCCGCUGGGCCCCGCCCGCCCGCUGCUGCGCGGCUGCGACCCCGCCUCCACCUUCAAGAGCCACGGCUACUACCUGUCCCAGGCCAUGCGCUUCACCGUGCAGGAGAUCAACAACUCCAGCGCCCUGCUCCCCAACGUCACCCUGGGCUGCGACAUCCACGACACCUGCUCGGAGCCCGCCAACCUGCACGCCACGCUGCGCGCCCUCGCUCGCGGGCGCCAGGUCCAGGUGCUGCCCGCCCUGCGACGCUAUGAGCCCGGGGCGGUGGCCGUCAUCGGGCCGGACAGCACGGAGCUGGCCGUGGCCACCGCCGCCAUCCUCGGCGUCUUCCUGGUGCCGCAGAUCAGCUACGAAGCGUCCCUGGAGACGCUGAGCCUGAAGCGGCUGUACCCCGCGUUCCUGCGCACCAUUCCCAGCGACAGGCAGCAGGUGAAGGCCAUCUUCCUGCUGCUGCAGCGCUUCGGCUGGACAUGGGUCGCGCUGCUGGGCAGCAACAAUGCCUACGGCAGGAACGGCCUGGACGCGCUCUACGAGCUGCUGAGCGCGAGCGACGUGUGUGUCGCCUACCGAGGCAUCAUCCCCACCACCAAGGACGCCAGCAGCCGGGAGCUCCACAACCUGGUCAGAAUCCUUGUGGACAGCAGGGUCAACGUCACUGUCGUCUUCUCCAACAGAAGAAGCGCGCACGUGUUCUUUGAGGUGGUGGUGCAGAGGAACGUCACGGGCAUGGUGUGGGUGGGCUCCGAAGACUGGUCGGUAGCCCAAACCAUCUGGCAGGUGCCUGGCAUCCAGAGCAUCGGCCCGGUGAUCGGGAUGUUGGUUGAGAAGACAGAGCCCACGAUGCUGGAGCGCUUCGAGGCGUGGAGGGCGGCGGAGGAAAGCGAGGCGGAACGCGCGGGCAGCGCGGGAGCGGGCGGGGGGAGCACCCAGCUGGAUUGCACCCAGCGCUGCACCCACUGCCGCUCACUCGCCAGCACCCCUGACGUGUACGACGCCCAGGCCACCUUCAACGUGUACUCAGCCGUAUAUGCUGUGGCCCACGGCCUCCACGACCUGCUGGGCUGCGCCGCGGGGGCCUGCAGCAAAGGCCCCGUCUACCCCUGGCAGCUCCUGCAAAAAAUUAAGCAAGUAAACUUCACCCUGUACAAGAGCCGCAUCUCUUUUGAUGCCAACGGGGACAUUCAUAAGGGCUACGACAUCAUCAUGUGGAACUGGAGCGGCCCGAGCUGGGGUUUCGAUGUGAUAGGAACUUUCAGCGUGAACCCAGACAGGCUGAGCAUUGACCAGAGCAAAAUCCUGUGGCACACCAGCAAUCGCCAGGCUCCCCCGUCACUGUGCUCCGUGCCCUGCCAGCCUGGGGAGUGGCGGCUGCGGCAGAGCCGCCAUCAGUGCUGCUUCAGCUGCGUGGCCUGCCCGGCAGGAACCUUCCUGAACAGAUCGGAUCUCUACAGCUGCCAGUCCUGCGGGGCAGACGAGUGGGCUCCGGCGCGGAGCGAGGCUUGCUUCGAGCGGACUGUGGAGUUUCUGUCCUGGUCCGAGCCCCUCUCCUGGGCGCUGCUGACCCUGGCUGUCCUCCUCCUGCUGCUCAUGGCAGCGCUGGCCGUCCUGUUUGCCCUCAACACCUCCACGCCGGUGGUCAAGUCUGCGGGCGGGAAGAUGUGCUUCCUCAUGCUGGGCUCUCUGGCCUGCGCCUGCAGCAGCCUCUUCUGCUACUUCGGGGAGCCCACCCGGCACACGUGCCUGCUGCGGGUGCCGCUCUCUGCGCUCGGCUUCACCGCGUUCCUCUCGUGCGUGGCGACCCGCGCCUUCCAGAUCCUCUGCGUCUUCAAGCUGAACGCGCGCUGGCCGGCGCUGCACGCGGCCUGGCUGCGGCGCCGGGGGCCGCCGCUCUUCAUCGGCGCCUGCACGGCGGCGCAGGCCGCGCUGUGCGUGGCCGCGGAGGCCGCCAGCCCCUCGGCGCCGCGCCGGGACUACGGCGUGUGGGCCGAGCGGGUGGUGCUGGAGUGCGGCCCGAGCGCCGCGGCCAGCGCGGCCGCCGCCUUCCCCGUGCUGCUCAGCGCCGGCUGCUUCGCGCUCAGCUACGCGGGCAAGGACCUGCCGGCCGGCUACAACGAGGCCAAGUGCCUGACGGGCAGCCUGCUGCUGCACCUGGCCGGCUCCGCCGCCGCGCUCUGCGCGCGGGGCGCGUUCCGCGGCCGGGCCGAGGCGGCCGCGCGGGUGCUCGGCGGGCUGUGCGUGCUCGGCGCGGCGCUGGGCGGGUUCUUCCUCCCGAAGGCCUUCGUGGUCGCGCUGCGGCCGCGGCUCAACACGCCCGCGCGGUUCCGCACGGCGAUCCGGAGCUACGCGCGGCGCCGGGCGGACGCCUGA